AUGGUGUCAGUGAAGUUGCAAAAGGGCAAAGUUGAGAAUCCAACCGAACCAGAAAAGUCCACACCAAAGAAGCAAACGCACCAUUGGCAGCAGCAGCAGCACCACCACCUCCAACCUCCUCAUAAAAAUAGCAACUACACUAACAAGUGGGUAAACAAAAAGGAAAAGGAAAAAAAACAGAAAAAAAAGGUGGUGGAUGCAUGA